UAACUAUAAUAAUAAUAAUUUAAGUGUGUUGAAAUGCAGAACUGGUUGCGACACGUUUUGACUUGCUCUUCCUGCUUCCUCUCGUUAGCUAACGCUACCUUGCUAAGCAACUAACUAGUCGUGCAAUGCUAGCUCUAGUGAUGUUAUUAUUAUUAGCUUGCUAGUUUUCCUCAACACGCCGUAAUAUCACUCGGUUCUAGUAGAAAAAAUAUAUAUAUAUCCUAGAACCCAGUGUUCCAUGUUGAAUUCAUGUUUGCGGUGUAAUACAGGAUUCUCAGCUGGAAUAUUUAACGUCGGCUAAAUGUUCCUCAGACAGUUAGCACGCUAGCUAACAUGCUAACAGGCUAACUUCCUGGUGAACUCUGAGUUUGUGCAGCUGGACUCGACGCUGUUUCUCUCACAGCGGUUUAGCGUGAGCUUAAAUCAACUUACUGUCACGUUUACAGAAUUUCUCCACGCUUUUAAACAGAUCUUAAGCUGCACCUGUCCUGCCUCUAAGCACAAUGCCUUAUGGAGUUCUCCCUGGGCAGCUUUGAUAUCCCGUCAGUGGUACCAUUCCAAAAUUAGAGACCUUGGGAUAAAAGUUAAAUAUUCUCCAAAAAGGUUUGCAAGUCAAUCUGGAACACACACCAUUUUUGGAUCACAAAUCUACCUACCUUUUUUUUUUUUUUUUUAACUGUCAUUUAUUUUUACUAUCCCACUGGGUGAAAGCUUAUCAUGAGAUUCCGAAUCUACAAGAGGAAAGUCGUGAUCCUGACUCUGGUGGUUUUAAUCUGCGGAUUUGCCGUUUGGAGCAGCGGAAAACAGAAAAGAGGAAGUCCUGUUUUUCCCAAGGAAGUGGAGGCUGUUAAGAAAAGCAGCAUUAGUAGCCUGGCACAGGUCACAGCUUCAGUAACCCGGAAACCAGUCAAUGACACGCUUCCAGAAAGGCAAGUUGUCCCCAAGCCUGUGAUGGAUAAUACCACUCUGGUGUAUCGGGGGAUCGUGUUCCAAAUCAACUUUGACCAGACCUUGAGGAACGAAGAGAAGUUCAGGUCAAUACGGCAGAAGGAUGACCUCGUGGUAGUAGUUCAGGUUCACAAUCGACCAGAGUACCUGAGGCUGCUUGUAGAAAGCUUGAGAAAAGCAAAAGGCAUUGAGAAUGUCCUACUUAUAUUCAGCCACGAUUUCUGGUCCCCAGAGCUUAACAACAUAGUUUCGUCCAUUGACUUCUGCCUCGUCCUUCAGAUCUUCUUUCCUUUCAGCAUCCAGCUGUAUCCUCAAGAGUUUCCAGGAAAUGACCCUCGAGACUGCCCCAGAGACAUUGCCAAGAACGACGCCUUAAAACUCGGUUGCAUAAACGCAGAGUACCCUGACUCUUUUGGCCAUUACCGUGAGGCCAAAUUUUCACAAACCAAACACCACUGGUGGUGGAAAUUACAUUUUGUGUGGGACAGGGUCCGUGUGCUAAAGGAUCACAAAGGACUGGUGCUUCUUAUCGAGGAGGACCACUACUUAGCCCCAGACUUCUACCAUCUUCUCAAGCUGAUGACGUCUCUAAAGAAGGAGCAGUGUGCCGACUGUGACAUCAUUUCACUAGGGAGCUACGGGCACAUCGGCUACGCCAGCAAAGCCAACCGAGUGGAGGUGAAGGCCUGGAAAUCCACAGAGCACAACAUGGGCAUGGCCAUGGACAGGGAUACGUACCAAAAACUCAUCCGGUGCACAGAAACAUUCUGCACCUAUGACGACUACAACUGGGACUGGUCCCUUCAGCACCUAACCGUGAACUGCCUGCCCACUUUCUGGAAGGUCAUGGUGAGUGAAGCUCCCCGUAUCUUUCAUGCCGGGGAUUGUGGCAUGCACCAUAGGAAGACCGCUUGUAUGCCAAUUGAUCAGAAGAGAAAGAUAGAAAGCAUACUUCAGAGCAGCACAAACCAGCUGUUCCCCAAAAAUUUGCUCAUCACAAAGAGACUGCCAGCAUCUGGGGGUGGUGGAAUAGCCCCUCAUGUCAAAAAUGGAGGAUGGGGUGAUAUCAGGGACCAUGAACUCUGUAAGAGCUAUCUUCGGUUACAGUGACCUUAUAUGAUUUUUUGUUUGUUGAUUUGUUGUUUUUAUUUUUCUUUUGCAUCCUCUAAUGAAAGCCUUUACAAAUUCUUAAUGGACUAUUUCUUUAUAUUGCCUGUUUUGUUGAAAUAUUCCAAAUAAAAAGGUAUAUGGGA